CGGACAACAUGAAAUCUCUGGUUCUUUUGGCAGUGCUGGGAGUGUGCUCGGCUGCCCCCUUCAUCGGGGACACGCCCGAAGUGCAGGCUGAGAAAGCGCGGUUCUUCCAAGCCUUCCGCGCUGCUCAGGCUGCCGCCGCUCCCCAGCAGGCUUUCCAGACUGUGGUGCCCGUGCAGGCCAAGUGGACGGGGCCAGUGGCUGCCACCAUCCCCGCCGGCGUCGACGGCACCAUCACCCCCGUGGGCGACACCGCAGAGGUGGCCGCCGCCCGCAACGCCUUCCUCAACGCCUACAACGCACAAGUUAGGGCCACUGUAGGCACCGUGCCCGUGGUGCAGGCCCCAGCCUUCAACGUCGUCCCUGUUGUUCCCCAACAGACCUUCCAGCAGACCUUCCAACAUACCUUCCAGCAGGCUGCUCCUGUGCAGGCCAAGUGGACCGGACCAGUGGCUGCCACCAUCCCCGCCGGCGUCGACGGCACCGUCACCCCCGUGGGCGACACCGCAGAGGUGGCCGCCGCCCGCAACGCCUUCCUCAACGCCUACAACGCACAGGUUAGGGCCACCGUAGGCACUGCCCCCGUCGUCAACACCUUCAGCCAGGCCGUGCCCCAGCAGCUCUUCCAGCAGACCUUCCAGCAGGCUGCUCCUGUGCAGGCCAAGUGGACCGGCCCCGUGGCAGCCACCGUGCCCGCCGGACUCCCAGGCUCCGCCCCGCAGGUCGCCGACACCGCCGAAGUCGCAGCCGCCAAGCAGGCCUUCUUCAGCGCCUACCAGAGGCAGGUCGCGGCCGCGGCGCGCCCCUUCUAGACCGUACUGUUAGAUUAGAUAAAUACUAAAUAUUUAAAAAAAAUCA